AUGAAAUCCUCUAAUGCGUCCGUCCAUUUUCAAGCAUCAUUUCAGCAGAUGUAUAUUCCUCGCACAGAUUCUGUUGACGGAGUCGAAGAUAUUCAGGGGAGAUUAGAGAGAAAUGUGACCAGAAAGAUUAAAAGGAGUGUUAAUCCUGUUGCUAAUUUAGCUAAAUUAGAAGUUCAACAACAAUACUACCAAAGACAACAAAAGAGAUAUAAGCAGAAACAGUCACAUCAGUACCAACAGCAGCAGUAUAUUAACCAGCAUCAGCAAUAUCAACAGUAUCAACAGUAUCAACAAUAUCAGCAAUACCAAAACUAUCAAUACCAACAAUAUCCGCAAUAUCCGCAGCAAUACCCAGGAGAGUAUGAACCACAGUAUAAACAAUACAACGCACCGUUACUAGUUCCAGCUACGUCAUCUACCACGUUGUCUACCAAAGCCCCAUCCCCAGCCCCAGCCUCAGAUCAAACCCCAGCCUCAGGACCACCCCUUCAGGCACAACAACAGCAAAUGCGUUCAUACCGCCAAUUUCAACCUCAACAUCAAUAUCAGUCUAAGCAAGAGAUACAAUACCCACAACACCAGCAAUAUAUUCAAAAUAAGCAAUAUAAUAGAUCAAGUCAAAUUUAUUCUCAUUAUCCGAUGAAGUCGUCUAAUUUGAAUUUACCUGAAAGGUCUAACAAGAGACCAAUUUAUACAUCGUGCAGUGAAAUUGAAACUGUUAAUGGAUCUGUUGGUACCAUUACUUCAGCAAAUAGUAAUACUAGUUAUAGAAGACAAGGAAAUGGAGGCAAUAGUACCCCUGUAACAACACCGAGCGAUGCAACCGCUAAUGGUGUGUCUACAGCAUCUCCAGAGGUGACCAAGGUGACACCAACAAUAACAUCUUCGUCAACCAAGGCACUGAACCCAGUUUCGGUUUCAAGAGCAAUGCCAACGCAACCGUCUACCAACAACGCUCGAACAACUACAACAACAACAACAACAAUAGCAGCAGUACCACCAACUGCAGCCCCAACAGCAUCAGCAAGAGUGACAGCGGCAGCAGUACCAAACAUGCCUCCGCCUGCUAGCAGCAAAUCGGAGCCGAAGAAGGGUUUUUUCAGAAAAAUCUUUGGUCGUAGUAAAUCGAUCAAGCUAACACGGUCAAAUUCUACUUCAUCACUUUCUUCCAUCAGUUCUGCAUCAUCUAAGAUAUCUAGGAAAUUUUCAUUUCUAAGGCGUGAGAAAGACGUUUCUGUUGUUAGGCCAACUGAGGAUAUGAUUGACGUUAGAACGCCAAUAAUUGUCGAGAGCCUUGAAGAUAGUGCGAGGAAUCGCACAUGA